AUGAUUCAUUGGUUAUGUAAUGUAAUAGAACCAUUAAUUAGUGGUCCUGUAGAAGACCUAAUAGAAUUUCUACAUAUUAAAGGCAAUUUCAAAAGGUAUGUAAAAACUGGAACAUAUCUUUUAUACAUGGAAAAGAAACCAUAUAGUAGAAAUAGUGAUGGCAUGGCGUUCAGGUGUUGUAAUAAAAAUUGUAAUGAUUUCUCUAAGCAUGUUUCAAUACUUUUCGAAUCACUACUAUCAAGCUUCACUGUACUUCUGAAAAGUAUAUUAUUAGUGGCUUGUAAAUGA